AUGCUGUGUCCUGCUGCUGUCAAUGCAGCUGCUGCGGCUGUCUGGCUGCUGGCAAUGCUGGGCCCAGGCCUGUCUCUUCCAGCUGAGGACAACUCCGAGCCAGGCUUCAGCCUUUGCAGCCACUGCUUCUACAGACAGACGCCACCUCAGGGAGCCUCUGCAGGGUUGCUGCUGCACCCACUCUGCCACAGACUGCCUGGGGGACGGGCGUUUGCCACUCUGUCCAAACCGACCUGUGACACAGCCGUCUACUCGGCCUUCCAUCUCAGCCACGGAUGGACAGAGAAGAAGGGAGAGGAGGGCAAAGAGCUUGUGACAGAGGAAGAAGAAGACAACAUUAAAGUAGCAGUACCAACACUACUCAGAGGAGGCAGGAAUCCUUCUCAUGAUGUCUCGCCCACAGACUCCCCGCUUCAAGACUGGGACUCAACAGUCACAACACUGGUCCAGUCAAGCAUCACUCCCCAGUGCAGCACUUUAGGGGGUGAUCUCUACAUCCUGACUGGGGUAGGUGGUUUCGGGGCUGCUGAGGAUGAAGACGAGGAGUGUCAGACAAAACCUUUGUGGUCUGCAGUGUGCUGCGCUGUCCCAGGCGAGAAGAGUGGCUUUAGCAUGGGGUUAAUCAGAGAGACAAGACAAGACGAGAGGCAAGUGAGCGUGAAGGAGCUGGAGGAGAUGCUGGGAGUGUCAGAGCUGUUCUCAGAAGGCUGUGGAGGAGCAGAUGAGGGGACUGUUGGAAUCAGCGUAGGUCUUCAUAGUGAGGGGCUCCCUGGAAACAUAAAAAAGCUGGAUGCAGAUUCAAAUGAGCACAUUAAGGAAAGAAGAGAGGCUUUGAUCACUGAAGAGCUGGUGGCUGGUGAGUCCUCAGCUGACUAUGAAGCUGUGGAUGAACAAGAGACAGAAUCAAAUUCCAGCAGCACUCUGGUCUUCAUCCUCUGCACCACCAUGUCUAUCCUUACAGCUCCGCUGCAGCCUGUGUUCUCCAGAGUUACACAGUUACCUGGACAGGUGACAUACGUUCUUCAAGAAGACCUUGGAGUUCUGUCUGCCCUGCCUGGAGAAACCUUCUCCCUGUUCCACCUCUUGGCCUCUGAUCUUUUGUCUUGGAUGGGCUUAGCUGGAGAAACAUUACUUUGUAUCGGGGAAAACUGCUUCUCCAGUGUCUACUACUGCUCCUCCUCCAUGCUGGGGGCCCUGCUGAACAGCUGCGAAACUGGGGUCACUGGCAUGGGGACCCUGGCUGGAGACACAGUGGAGAUAUUUAGUGAUGCGUUGGAUAAUGGUUGGUGGGUGACCAAGUUCUUUGGAGGGAGGCUGUGGGAACAGAUCGAAGGUUACAUAGGAACAGUGUUGUCAGAGAUGGGGGGUCAGGUGAAAGCUGUAGGUGGAGGGGUGGAAAGGCUGGCGUUUAGAAGUGGAAAUGGGGUGGGUAAUGUGUUUAAGCUGGGAGGGGGGUUAAUAACGGGGAUGGUGGAUAUGGUCAUUAGUGCGGUAAGAGAAGCUUUUGGGCAGGAGUCAGAGUGA